AUGAAGUCCAUUCUCGUCUUCCUCGCGUUAGGCGUCCUUGCCUCAGCGGCACCCAUCAAUGACAUUUCCCGUGUAGUCAAGAGAGCAGACGUUGAUACUGAGAUCAGCGACGCUGGCUUCAUCCCCGUAAGGACUAAUGCUCUUUGGUGUGCUCCUCGAAGUGUGGGUCGGGAUAGCGUUGGUGUAGAGAAACUAGAAGCAGACUGCUAA